AUGGAGGUUGAGAUCAAGCUCCGCCUCCCCGACGCCGCCGCGCACCUCGCGCCCCGCCUCCUCCGCACCCACGCGCAGCGGAACCUCUUCUUCGACGACGCCGCGCGCACGCUCGCCGCCGCCGCCGCCGCGCUCCGCGUCCGCCUCUACGACGACCGCGGCGCCCCCGCACGCGCCGAGGUCGAGGAGCCUUUGGACCCCGCGCUCGCCCUCGCCUGCGCCGACGACCCCGCCCGACUCGCGGGGCUCGACUCCCCGAUCGUCCGCCUCGUCGCCGCCGAGUACGGCGUCGGCGGGGACGCCGCGCCCUUCAUCUGCCUUGGCGGUUUCAGGAACUCGCGCGCCGUCUACGAGCUCGAGGACGAGGGCGGCGGGCUCGUGUUGGAGCUGGACGAGACGAGGUUCGAUUUCGGGACCAGCUAUGAGCUCGAAUGCGAGACGGCCGAGCCGGGACGGGUCAAGGAGGUGCUGGAGCGACUGCUCACCGUGGCCGGCGUGCCCUACGAGUACUCCCGGACCAACAAGUUCGCCUGCUUCCUGGCAGGGAAGCUGCUUCCUUGA